CUGGGUGGCGGGCUUCCCCCCCUCACCGGCUGCCCUUACUUAACAUGUCCGCGCGGCCGCUGACAAGAACCGCAAUCUUAAUUUUAAAAACCGAGGGACAGCGGCCACAAAAUGGCCGCCGAGAGCAGAGGGGGGCGCUCUAGCAAGGCGUCUCUAUGACCGCGAGCGAGCUGGCGGAGUUCAGUCUAGUUGAGUCGGGGGCUGAAGAGCGUCGGAGCCCCCAAAGCCAAAGUGAGGAGGCCGGGCCGGCGGCGCAGCCUCAGCGGGACGCCAGUGACAGAACUCGCGCGCCCCCUCGCCUGGGCCGCCUCCCUCAGCAGCAGUGGCUGGAACCGGCCUGCCUCUUUAGCGGGCUGCUCUUCCCCUUCCUCGCCUUCAGUCUCCCUCCCCCUGGACCUUCGCCCUGUGGCGCUUCUCUCUGCCGCGCCCAUCACUCACUCGUUCCUCUCCCUUCGCGUCCCACCGCCCCUCCAGCUCGGCCUGUUGCUGCUGCAUCUCCUCCCGUCCCUCACCUCUCUGCCGUCCCCUCUUCAUUUCGCCCCCUGCCUCGGGCGCUCCUGUUUCCCCUUUAAGCCUCCCCCAGCCACCCCGUUCUCUCACUUGCACCCCCAGCCAUCUGCAUCUGGUCCUUAAGACCUCACCUCUAACCUCUCUCCCUGCAGUCCUCUGCCUGCCCCCCCCCUUAAUCUGGGCAUUCCCAUUCAGUCUGCUCGUCUCCUGACACUUCUUUCACACACACACACACCGCCCCCCCCCCAGCUCGUCUCCAGUUUCUCAGUUUCGUUUCUCCUCUAACUGAUCUCUUCUUCCCCAAGGCUGCUCCUUCCUUCCCUGCCUUCUCUGCCCUCCAUACUCUUGUCUUAGCUUGCCUUUCCCCUUUCACCAAUACAUGGUGUUAAUUCUGUGUCCUCAGAAGCGCUCGAGACCCCCCACCCCCGUGUCCGGAGAAGUCUUCUUUUUGAGUCUGUGGCCUCUUUUUUUGUCUUGUAUGUAAACAAAUUCCAUUGCUCCUGCUUGGCUUCUUCCCCUCCUUCUCCUUUGUACUUGGUCUUAGAGGCAUCCCUUCCCUUCUUUUUUAUUUAUUUUUUCCUGUCUAGAGACAUCUUUAUAAACUUCUAGGUUUCCUGGCUUCCCUUCUCCUCCUUAUUUUGCUUUUGAUCCUCACCACUCUCACAAAGCUGACUGUUUGCAAGGCUUUUGACCUCUUUAGACAAACAGACAUAUCUUCUUUCCCAUAGGUGGCUUUUUCAGGGGACGCAUAAAGCACUAACUUUGAGCUAACAUUGGUGCUUCUGAGCGUCUGUUUUUGAAAGACCUUUUCUUGGCGUUGCUAUAACAGUUGGGUUGGGGAAGUUCUUCCUGUGGUAAAUUCCUUUCUCCCUCCAUUCCGAAGUGGGUUUAUAGUAGCUAGAGACGCUGAAGAGGAGGAUGCCAAGGAAACUGCUGUUACCUUAUAAAUCUGUGUUUUCUCACUCUCGAGUUCCAAGGGGUUUGCAUGAUUCCUUAGCAAUGAAUGCAGCCAGAAGUGGCUACCGGGUCUUCUCAGCAAAUUCUACAUCAGCAUGCACUGAACUGGCAAAGAAAAUCACUGAGCGUCUUGGUGCUGAACUGGGAAAAUCUGUGGUAUAUCAGGAAACAAAUGGAGAAACAAGGGUUGAAAUAAAAGAAUCUGUCCGAGGCCAGGAUGUUUUCAUUAUUCAGACAAUCCCGAGAGAUGUGAAUACUGCAGUGAUGGAACUCUUGAUCAUGGCGUAUGCACUGAAGACAUCCUGUGCCAAAAAUAUCAUUGGGGUCAUUCCCUACUUCCCCUACAGCAAACAAAGCAAAAUGAGGAAGAGAGGCUCCAUAGUCUGCAAACUCCUUGCUUCCAUGUUGGCAAAAGCAGGUUUAUCACACAUCAUCACUAUGGAUCUUCAUCAAAAAGAAAUCCAGGGUUUCUUCAGCUUUCCUGUUGAUAAUCUGAGGGCAUCACCUUUCUUGCUUCAGUAUAUACAGGAAGAGAUUCCUGAUUACAGAAAUGCAGUAAUUGUAGCUAAGUCUCCUGAUGCAGCUAAGAGGGCCCAGUCUUAUGCUGAACGGCUGCGGUUAGGACUAGCUGUCAUCCAUGGCGAGGCUCAGUGCACAGAACAAGACAUGGAUGAUGGACGUCAUUCUCCCCCAACAGUAAAAAAUACAACAGUGCACACUGGCUUGGAGCUGCCACUGAUGAUGGCCAAAGAGAAACCACCAAUAACAGUAGUUGGAGACGUUGGCGGUAGAAUUGCCAUAAUUGUGGAUGACAUCAUUGACGAUGUGGAAAGCUUCGUGGCUGCUGCAGAGAUCCUGAAAGAGCGUGGUGCUUACAAGAUAUUUAUCAUGGCCACUCAUGGGCUCCUGUCUGCAGAUGCUCCACGCCUAAUUGAAGAGUCCUCAAUUGACGAGGUGGUGGUCACCAAUACAGUUCCUCAUGAAGUGCAGAAAUUGCAGUGUCCCAAGAUAAAGACUGUAGAUAUCAGCUUGAUCCUCUCCGAAGCUAUCCGUCGAAUCCACAAUGGGGAGUCUAUGGCUUACCUCUUCCGCAACAUCACUGUUGAUGAUUAGAUUUUUCCCCCCUUUCUCACUUCUCCUGUCUGGUUUCCUUAAAUAGAAAGGUGAACGGAAAUGUGCAUGGAACAUCAGUGCCAUGAAGUUGAUAGUAUACCCUUUUGGAAAUCUUAUAAGAGUGUUAGUGGACUGUUGCCAUUGAGACCAGAGUAACUAAGAGUUUCACUGAUCAAACAGCCUCUUUUUGGAGGCCGAAUUAAGAUGCAUCAAGCAUUGGAGUCUAUUUAAAAUAGUUCUGAAUGAUACUAGUGGUGGCCUCUUGAUUGUCUCAUGAGAGGGAAAUUGGGAGUGACCUUGAUGGCUUACUGAGAUUUGACUUUCUCUACAAAUUCUCUAGGAACAAGUAUUCUCAAGCUACUUAGAAGAAACCAGAUUUCUUUUUGUACCACUAGUAUGUGCAAAGCCCUUUUAUCAUCUUGGGGAAACUUUCCUUACCUAAUGGUUGCAGCAGAGCUUCAAUUUUUUUGAAACCAUCUACAAAUAAGAUUCAUUUUAUGGCAGCUUAGGUAAUUUCAUCAGCAAUAACAUAGCAUGAUGCUAAGUGAUUCCAAAGUGGUGGUAGAAAAUAGAAUGUACUCCCUCUCCAUUUGUGGAACACUAGGUUUUAAUCCUGCCUAACUGGCGAGUACCUCUUACCUUCAGUUUGCAGAUAAACUGAAACGAUCAAGUGUAGACUAAUAAGAUCUGUCUCAGAUGGUGUAUUGCAUUCAAGGUUGAAAUAUGCUGGCAGACGCAUGGAGGCAUCCGUGUCAUACAUAACUGUAUCUUACGCAACUGUACUUCUGAUGCUGAAGAGUUAAUCUAGAAAAAAGUACUUUUGUGAAUCGGUUACAUGGUAAGAGAUCACUAUAUACAGCUGUGCUAACACUGAGAUCUUGGGUUUGUGCAAUUUCACCUUCCUAAUGCAGUGGCUCUCAACAUUUUAUCAGUAAGGCUAUAGAAUUUUGUAUCUCUUUGGGACUCUUCUUUAGAUGGUAGUCUCUGGCUUGGAAGUGAAACUACCUACCCCCUUGUGUUUUGCUGUUUCCAGCACCUUCUAGAAUGUUGCCGUUCCACCCAUGAGAUUCCUGCAGUCCGCUUAGCAGGUUUCCUUCACGUUUGGGAAUCAUUCAUCUAAUUCUUAUCCAUAGCAAAAUUUAACUCUCAUGGAUCAUCUGAAUUUCUAGUUAUUUGUAAAACCACAAGACAGUGAAAGUACUAUAGUUUUGUACCAAAUGACGAUAGAUUAAGAUCCUGUAAAAAUUCUUCUAAAUACCCAAGCUCUGGCAGGCUCAAUUUUACUGUCCAGAGUCUUCACAAAGCCACGUAAUAGAAAGUUAGUGCUACUUUAUCAUUCUGUUAACAUCAAGACCAAUAAUCUUUGCCACUCUGACUCAAAAAAGCUGCCCUCUGUGGGCUACUGAAGAUGGCAGGACCUUACCUGCCUGCUUCCCUCUGCUGCUCAGAGGUAGAAAUGUUGUAGUUGUAUAGUGAUGGAGGCAAGAUUAAGUAAAGCUGCUGCUGCCACCGAUCAUACUUGUCUGACAAACCCUGCUGAGUAGAAUGACCUAGUGCAAGAUUUGCACAGCCUCUUUCCUCUGCAGUAGCUUUGACAUUAAACGUGCAAUUUUAUACAGAGUUAUUCUAGUCUAAGGCCAUUGAAAUCAAUGUCCUUAGACUGG